AUAAAAAAUGUUGAAUGAAAAAAUAUGUGUUAACAAAAAUAUGUAAUAAAAAAGUUGUAUGACAACUUAAAUUGAGAUUAUUCAUAACUACAAACAACACAUAUCGAUUGAGCAAGGCUCUCCAUAAAAUUGAUAUAAUUACAUAAAAAAAAAAGACUCCGAAAAAAAAAAACCUUUUUAAAAAGAAGGAAUUUUUUCAUAUAAAUUGACUUCUCGGGGAAAAGGGAAGUUUUUUUUUUUUUUUUUGUACAAAUUUUGUAAUCUUGAAUGAAUGUAUGAAAGGAGCACCUCUUUGGAACUUUUUGCCUAAGUUUUCUUCCUUCUUUGGUCUCUGAUAAAUCUUGAAUUACUCAUUUCGCGGAGUGACUACCCCAAAACCCGGAACUCCCUUGAAUCUUUGACAAAAUACAAAAAAACAAAAGAACAGUCUUCAUCUGUUCUAGCUUUUUUAUUCUCUUGGUGGCAUCUAAGAACCACAAAGAAAUAGAGAAAGAUAUUUCAAAUUCCCCCUUGGUGAAUUUAAAAUAUAAUGUGGAGCAUGAUGUGCGACGUGAUGCCGACUAUAUCCGAGGAUAGCAUCUCGCAGCGAUCGUCGCAAUUUAGCGGCGAAGAUGCCAAUUUUGAACAACUUAUGGUAUCGAUGCUGGACGAGAGAGAUAAGCUUAUGGAUAGUUUGCGUGAAGCACAGGAACGACUUAGUGAGUCGGAAAUGAAGUUGCAUGAUGUGGAAAAGGAGCGUGAUAGUUUGCAUCGUCAGAUUAAUGCAAAUUUGCCUCAGGAAUUCGCGACCCUUACAAAAGAACUAACACAAGCUAGAGAAACUCUAUUGGAGCGAGACGAAGAAAUAGCCGAAUUGAAAGCAGAACGAAACAACACACGGCUUCUUUUGGAACACCUCGAGUGCCUGGUGUCGAGACAUGAACGUUCUUUGCGAAUGACAGUUGUCAAAAGGCAAGCAGCUGCACAGAGUGGUGUCUCUAGUGAGGUAGAGGUGUUAAAAGCUUUAAAGAGUCUAUUUGAACAUCAUAAGGCUUUGGAUGAAAAAGUGAGGGAACGACUAAGAUUGUCGAUAGAGAAAAAUACUGCCCUUGAAGAGGAAUUAAAUUCAACCAAAGAUGAGUUACAGCAAUAUAAAUCUGGUGCAAUACAACAUAAUAACGAUGCAAGCAAGGAGAAUGGUACCGGAGAUAAGAGUGGAGGAGGUAUCAAUGGUGAUGCAGCGGACAACAUUGAUUACGCGGCUAAAACCCACGAACUUCAAACUAUUAUUGAGAAACAGACUGCUGAACUUUCUCAGUGGCAACGCCGUGUAUCCGACUUAAAUAGCCGAAUAAAUGAACUUGAAGAUAAUCUUGGCAAAGUCCAAAAAGAUCUUUCGAAAUCUCAGGAGCAAUGUUCGAAAUUACAACGUGACUUACGCGAAAAUGUCGCACAAAAAGAAGACCAAGAAGAAAGAAUAGCAACGCUGGAAAAACGUUACCUCAAUGCUCAGCGCGAAUCAACUUCAUUGCAUGAUUUGAAUGAGAAACUUGAGCAAGAACUAAGGCAUAAAGAGGCUCAACUUAAGUUGCACGAGGAAAAAAUCGCAGCUAUUCAAGAAAAAUUGGAAUUGUCCGAACAAAAGCUGGCGCAACAAGCAAAACUUCCCGAUAUGGAAGAACAGCUGAAGGCACGCAUGGAGGCGUUAACUCAGGUAGGAAACAAGGCACAAGAACGUCAUGGAUCGGCUGAAGAUCGCAUUCAACGACUCGAAACCAAUCUGGACGAGAAGAAUGCCGAAGUUGUACGCCUUAACCAAAGACUUAAAAUGAACGAAGAGCACAAUAUGCGGCUCUCAUCGACUGUUGAUAAAUUACUAUCCGAGUCGAACGAACGACUUCAGGUUCAUCUCAAAGAGCGUAUGCAUGCUCUAGAUGAGAAAAAUAUACUAACACAGGAAUUAGAAAAGGCCAGGAAGCUAGCCGAAGAGCUACAUCAUGAGAAGAGCGAAAUAAUGAAGGAGCUCUCCAAGACACGAUUGGAAAUUGAGAAUUUCAAAAGGCAAUUAUUGCAACAAGAAAUUGCCUAUAAUAUUCAGCAGACAGAAGCUUUGACACGUAGCUUAUCGCCUAGCAGUGUGGUGGAUGGAACAGCAUUUUCAAGGAGUACAUCUCACACCAGUUUCGAUACACACUCAUUGCGUAGGAAUAAACAGAGGAUGGAAGAAAAUGAUCAGUUUGCUAGAAGUUUAGCUGAACAGGAAUGGAGUAAAUUACAACAAGCUCAUGCGUUAGCAAAUGUUCAAGCUGCAUUUGAAGUAUCAAGUCAGCAAGAAUGCGAUGAGAGUGAUGGUCUUUUUGGUGCUGCAGAGUUGAUGUCACCCUCAGGUCACACUGAUGCACAAACUCUUGCGAUGAUGUUGCAAGAACAAUUAGAUGCCAUUAACAAUGAGAUUAGGCUUAUACAAGAAGAAAAACAAUCAACAGAAGCACGUGCAGAAGAACUUGAAUCCAGAGUUGGCAGCUUAGAGCAUGUGAAUCUUUUAUCACGAGGACGUUCAAUGGACAGACAAAGCCCACCACUCAGCGGGCGUAGUACACCGAACAGCCCCAACAGAGACUAUCUGCAUAAGUAUCAUACUGCACCAGCCUCAAUGUCACCAGCUCAUCUUCAUCAAUAUGCGGCUUCCCUCAGUCCUGGCCAACUGUCUGAGUCUCUUCCUUCGAGCCAGCUCAAUCUACCAGCGCUUUCAUCCGAUGUAUCCAGGGACGAGCUACAUGCUAUGGCAAUGGCUGGUGAUUCUAGUUCCGGAGGCGCUGCAUCACCUCUCACCGCUAGAUCAAUGCGUUUGGAACGAGUAGCGCAAGCGUUAGCCCACAGUCAAGAAGAGCUACGAAGAAGAUCGAUGGGACUGCCACCGAGUCAAGGACCAAAUAAUAAUAUAAGCAGAUCGGCAUACCAAAACUAUGGACCAUCACCAUUGAGUUCACGUCACGGCAGCCAAGAAUCACUGCGCCAUUAUAGCACAAUGGGUUCCAUGAAUAUGCUUCAGACUCCUACAUCUAGUGUUAGCCGUGAUGUAGUCACAGCGGUACAAAAGAAAAAAGGCAUCAAAUCUAGCCUCGGGAGAUUCUUUAGUAAAAAGGACAAAGUCAAAGGUGUUAAGGACUCAAUGCCUGAUGGGUCAACAAGUAUGAUGUCAAUAGGUAAUCUAUCGAUAACAAUGAGUGAUAUUGACUCUAAUUAUGAUGCAAUGAGCUUAUCGGGUGGUAAAAUACCUGGAAUGGUUGGAAUGCCAGGCAAAGUUGAUUAUGGAAGACCAAAGAAGGAACACGAUUAUCGUAAUGAUUUAUUAGGUGAAGCGAUGAAAGCUGGCACACCGUUUGCAUUGUGGAAUGGACCCACAAUAGUUGCAUGGUUAGAAUUGUGGGUUGGUAUGCCAGCGUGGUAUGUGGCUGCUUGCAGAGCAAAUGUUAAGUCUGGAGCAAUAAUGAGUGCAUUGAGUGAUACAGAAAUCCAAAGAGAAAUUGGUAUAAGUAAUCCUUUACAUAGAUUAAAACUACGUCUUGCCAUACAGGAGAUGGUCUCAUUGACAUCACCAUCAGCUCCUCAAACUUCACGCACAACUCUUGCCUUCGGGGAUAUGAACCACGAAUGGAUUGGUAAUUAUUGGCUUCCUGGCUUAGGCCUACCACAAUAUCGUACCACAUUUAUGGAAUGCCUAGUCGAUGCCAGAAUGCUUGAUCAUUUAACAAAAAAAGAUUUGCGGGGCCAAUUGAAAAUGGUCGAUAGUUUUCAUCGGACUAGCUUACAAUACGGUAUUUCUUGUCUUAAAAGACUGAACUAUGAUCGCAAUGAGCUCGAGCGACGGCGAAAAAUAUCCGAAAAUGCUCUAUGUGAUUGUUUGGUAUGGAGUAAUGAGAGAGUGAUUCGAUGGGUAGGCAGUAUUGGUUUAAAGGAAUAUGGAAACAAUCUAUUAGAAUCGGGUGUGCAUGGAGCUUUAGUUGCGUUAGAUGAAAGCUUUGAUGCAAACGCAAUGGCGUUAGCAUUGCAAAUUCCUACACAAAAUACACAAGCGCGGCAAACACUCGAUAUUGAAUUCAAUAAUCUCCUCCAAGUUGCCACUGAACGACGACCCGAAAACGAACAGCUUCAUAAAUCCUGAUCCAACGCCAGUCUCUCAACAUUGAGUGACGAAUAAAUAAAAAUUAAUAAUAACAAAGAUGCAGCCUAAAAACAAAAAAUGCAAUUGCAUUGCAUUAUGCCGGGUUUUAAAAUAAAAUCAAUAAAAACAAAAAUGUGAAAAGAAGUCAUUUUACGAAAACCAACAUAAAUUGGGAAAUAUGGACAUAAAAAAAAAGGAAUAAAAAACUGCUCAACGUUCAAAAUGUGAAAAAAGAAGUAAAAACAAAAAAAAAUUGCAAACUCGUGAGGCUAGUGAACCAACUAGAUGAUUUUCUUUUUUGUUUUAACAAAAAUUAAACAAAAAAAAAUUACAAAAUACAUUUUUUAAAUGUAUAAAUUUAUAGAUUAUUAUGUUUAUAUAUUAUAUAAAUGUAGAAGUUACAGUUUCUUACUAGGCGCAGCUGCAGCACAAACAAAACAAAAACAAACAAAAAACAAUAUGUAUGUAAUUUUUAUACAAAUAUAAGGGAAAGAUAAAACAAAAACAAAAAACUAUUAAGACAAAUAAUAAUUUCAAAAAAAAAAUAACUAAGAAAAAAUUAUAAAAAUUAAAACCACAUCCUCCUGAUAAAUUAUUACAAAAACCAAAAAAAAAAAAAAAACAAAACAUCGAACAACAAGUAGUGUUUUUAAAAAAAUUAAAACAAAAAAAAAAUAAAUAAAAAAUAUAACAACAGUAUUUUUUUUAAAUUUCUGUUUGUUAUGUAAAUAUUCUAAUUUUUAGCCCAUCAGUCGAGACAGAAAUGACACACAUUGUACGAUUUUUUUUUUAUUUCGUUGACAAAAAAAAAAAAUAUUGUUGGUAUCUCUGUUAAGUUAUAAUGUAUAAAAUACUAUAUUGUUAUGAACAUGAAAGUUCAAAUUUAUUUUUGUGGUAAAAUUUGAGUGAUUUUUUUGUUUGAAUUUAAGUCUAAGAAAAUAACAAAAACAACACACUUUUGGGUAUAAUCUUUAUAUAGUUUUGUGCAAUAUUUUUUAUGAAUUUUUUUAGUAUUUGUUGGUAACACUAUGAAAUCGAGAUUUAAACUCUAUCCAUACCUGCCCCCAAAUCCUAUACUUUCCCUUUAACUCACUCUCUCUCUGUCGCUGUAUCUCUCUCUCUCUCUCUCCCUCUCUGUCGUAUAAAAUGCAGUAGAUUAAAAAAAAAUUAAAUGAAAAACAAAAGUUUAAGAAAAGAAAAAACAAAAAAUAAAAUAAAAUCAACAAUCCAACAAAGUGCUAUUAACCAAUAUUCUUAUAUAUUUUUUCCACUUUCUAAAAAAAAAAUCAUAACAUUUAACGUAAAUGAAAAAUUAAUAAAAAGUUUGUAAGCUUAAAUUUAAUACUUAAUCAUGUAAACAUUAACAUACAUACCAUACACAUAUUAACAUUUAUAUACCUAUAUACAUACAUACAUAUACCUGGCAAGACAUUUUAAAAAUGUUUUGUUUUUUCUAUUUCCAGUGCUCAUAAUCAUCACGAUGGUAUUUAUUCAAAAAAAAACAAGAAAAAAAGUCAUUAAAGAAAAGAAUAUAUUUAUUUAUUUAUUGAAAAAAAGACAAAAAAAUAAAUAAAUAAGUAAACUAAUAGACCAAAAAAAAUUUUAAAAAAAUUAAAAGAACAAGAAAAAGAAGCAACACACAAGAGAGAGUAACUAUGUAUAUUAACCGAAUUACAUAAUAUUAUGUAGUAUAUUUAUGUAUCGUAAAAUGAAAAAGCAAAAA